AUGUCACCAACCCAUUCGACUUUAUGGAGAACAUUUCCUUGGCAGGAAAGACCAACUUUUUCGAGAAGAGAGUUUCGGACUACCAGAAGGCUGGUGUCAUGGCACAGACCAACGAUGCCAGCGCCUCCAAGAACGCCUUCUCCUUCGACGAAGACUUUUAGGUCUCGUGUCACGCUUGGUUACAAAACGCAUUACGUUGUACGGUUAUUUGGUUGCUUUUUUUUAUCCUUUUUUAAUCAUGUUUUUAUAGGUAUCCUGCUGGGUCCCUGCGCAUCUGGUAUGGGCUCUGGCCAUUCAUUUCUAAUUUGUCUAAUACAAAAGUCUCAAAAAACGCUUAGUAGGGUAUUAUGGUGCAAGAGUUCCGUACAUCCGGUUACUCCAUCGCUCUUCACUUGCAGUACUGAUGAGCCGCUUAUAAUCUUGCACCAAAUGGGGAAAGGAAAAAAUAAGCCUACGGAGGAAAGAGCCUCUAAAUCUAGAACAUCCAAUGGACACAAAUCCAAGCAGCACCAUAUUCGCCGCGGGAGACAAGAAGCGGGGUCUCAGACCAAACAUGCCAGUGCAGAUUUUCCGGUCAAGCUAGCCAUGUGGGACUUCGACCACUGUGAUCCGAAAAGGUGCUCAGGCAAAAAGCUAGAACGUCUUGGAUACAUCAAGAACUUGAGGGUGGGCCAAAAGUUCCAGGGUAUUGUCGUGUCGCCCAAUGGAACUGGGGUGGUUUGUCCUAACGACCGGGAAAUUGUAGAGACUAUGGGAGCUGCUGUGGUAGAGUGCUCGUGGGCCCGUCUCGACGAGAUUCCGUUCAACAAAAUCGGCGGCAAAAAUGAAAGGUUGUUACCGUACUUAGUUGCAGCAAACACAGUCAAUUAUGGCCGGCCAUGGAAGCUUAACUGUGUGGAAGCCCUUGCGGCAUGUUUUGCGAUUGUGGGACAUUGGGAAUGGGCCGAAACUCUUCUUGAGAACUUUUCGUGGGGCUUGACGUUCUUGGAAAUCAACAAGGAACUUAUAGAGGUGUACCAGCAGUGCACAGAUUCAGAGUCUGUUACGGCAGCACAAGACGAGUGGAUGGCUAAGUUGGAGGCCGAGGUUCAAGAGCGCAAGAAGCAAAGUGCAGCUGGCGAUGUGUGGAUGAUGGGAAAUGUUAACAGAAAGGGCGACUCGGCUGACGAGGACGAUUCUGAAACCGAGCGUCUGGAUGAAGAGAGCGAAGAAGUGGAGUACGACAAUUUGGGAAAUAUCGUGAGAAGGGGCCCUGCCGAUUUGGCAGAAAGCGAGGAUGAAUCUGACAGUGAAGAAGAACCUGAAAGCGAAGAGUACGAGUAUGACAAGUUGGGCAAUAUCAUUUCCAAAUCCACGGGGCUCGAACAGGACAUGAAGACCGUGCAACUUUGA